AACAAAACAAAACAAAAAAAAAAAAAGACCCCCCUAAAAUCAGUGAGAAUUGACUUGGGAGCAAAAAAUUAUCUACAUCUAAAAAAUCAAAUUACUUAAGGGUUCCUAUUCGAUUUGAAUCGGUCACUUGAAUUAAUUCAUCUUUCUACAGCCAAGACAUGCCCUAGAUAUUUGAAACUCCUUAAUUAUGUGCUGAUUACCUGCAUGUGCAUGCAUAGUUGAGCAAGAGUUGUGCUCAUAAAAUGACAAAUGUGUUACAUGUUUGCUUAUGUACCAGGAGUUUUUGCUGUAACACCUCUUGCUCACAGGUGUAUUUAUAAAACCAAGCCAGUUGCCAGUUUAUUUCCUUACUGUGCUGCUGCUCCAGCCAGGACUUAUUUGCAGGUAUUUACAUAAGCAAGGUUUAAAAAUUUGCCACAGCACCUUGUCCAUCGUUUGUGUUUUAUUAUGAAACAGCAGACCUCACUGUGCCUGUUUGAAGAUCGUAAGGGCCAACGCCAAUAUGUGUUGCAGCAGUUGCCUGUGAGCACAUAAAAUGAGUCUUUCCUAAAACCCUGAUGGUGCUUUUCCAGUAAUUCCUAUUUAUCAGGUAACUGGGCUCUGAUCUUGCUGCACAGACGUGCUUGGGGCAGGGACAUCCUUGUGGAUUAGGCUGUGGCUGAGGGCUGGUGGGCUCUGAGCACAGUGAACGCAGCUGGGCUGGCCUGGUAAGGCACAGCUUAGUCACUUCCUUUGGGAAAUAUGGAGGAUGCACCCACCUCCUGUGGGAGCCCCACCUGAGCCUCCUAAAAUUGGAGUAAAAUGCUCAGGCGUUUGCUGCUUACUGGGGACAGACCUUCUUGCUGGCUGGGUGUGCUGGUCUGGUGUGGUAUCAGUAGGCACAGCAGAGAACUUGGGUUUUGUGCUGCUCAAGAAUACCCAAGAAGGGGUUAGACCUGCUGGAGGAAAUUAAACCAGAACCAGCAAAGCCUUGGGCACGAACAGUUCUCGGGAUGGUCCCAAAUCACAUCUGCUCCUCAGCUUCCUUGCUGCAGUCAUGUGUACUAAGGUGGACAACCUCAUCCUGCUUUUACCACGUUCCCGUUCUGCUGAGAAACCAGGCUUGGGAGAAAAUCACCAUCGCUUCCUUGCUCUUUGGUGGAUUUAGCACUGUUGUGUCCUUCGUCAUGAGCCUGGAGCUGUCUUCCAUCAGCUGGACAGAAGAAUGUCCCAGCUUGUCUGACGAGGUGCUGUGGCUUGUCCCCCAGAUUCCCCGGCUCGACAAGUCCUUACUCAUCCACUUGCUCAGAGCAGGGAUUUCAGGAGGCCCCCUCUGAGCCCCACCAGGACAUUUCUGAGCUGCUGGCCUGGUGGAAGCAGGAGCAAAAGAGCUGUGGGUGACAGUGGGGUUCCCAGAGGUGUCCCUGCCACGGGGCGGGGUGCUCUGCACCUGUACCAGAGUCCAGAGGCACCUGUACAAGACUGAGGCGUGUCAGGAAACCUGAUGCCUCACCUCCACGGAUGUGGAGGCGGAGGGAGGAGGGCUCAAAGACAUGUCCCUUCAAGUUCGCAACAGCUGAAAACCAAGAAGGAAACUCACUAGAGACGUUUUUUUUAGCAGUGCAGGAGGCCUCGCAGUCCUGCUCUCACCCCAGGAGCCCUCCCAUACUCCAGUACUCUGGGGGGGCAGCUGUCCUGCCCCUGCUGGGCGAUGAACAUCGCAAGGAGAAGAGGCUUUUACAGACAGGAGGUGAACAAAACCCUCUGGGAGCUGCCCAGGAGAUACACGUCCCUCCACCCCGUGGGGUCCGGAGCCUACGGCUCAGUGUGGUGUUGGGCAAAGUCUCUCUGAAUGUCCUGGCAUGGAUCCUGAAAUCCUGGGACCCAGGCUCUGUCCUUGUCCCCUGGCUGCCGAUUUGCAAGGAGUCACCCAGAGAUUUCUUUCCCCACUUUACUGUCCAGUUCAGCCAUAGACAAGAAGACAGGGGAGAAAGUGGCUAUCAAGAAGCUCUGUCGCCCGUUCCAGUCAGAGAUCUUUGCCAAGAGAGCAUACAGGGAGCUGAUGCUAUUGAAGCACAUGCAGCAUGAAAAUGUCAUUGGACUGCUUGAUGUCUUCACCUCCGCUGCCUCCUACCAGGGAUUCCAGGACUUACUCAAGGGCCUUGUCUUACUGCCUUUUAGCUACCUGGUGAUGCCAUACAUGCGGACAGAUUUACAAAAGAUCAUGGGACAUGAAUUCAGUGAUGAAAAGAUCCAGUACCUGGUCUACCAAAUGCUUAAAGGGCUGAAGUAUAUUCAUUCAGCUGGCAUCAUCCACAGGGACCUGAAGCCAGGCAACUUGGCUGUGAACGAAGACUGUCAGCUAAAGAUCUUGGAUUUUGGCUUGGCCAGACAUGCUGAUGCUGAAAUGACUGGCUACGUGGUUACACGCUGGUACAGAGCCCCAGAAGUAAUUCUGAACUGGAUGCACUACAACCAGACAGUGGAUAUCUGGUCUAUUGGCUGCAUCAUGGCAGAGAUGCUGACUGGGAAAACACUUUUUAAAGGAAAAGAUUACCUAGAUCAACUGACUCAGAUCCUGAAAGUAACAGGGCAUCCAGGAGAAGACUUCAUGGAGAAGCUGGAGGACAGAGCGGCCAAGAGUUACAUCAAGUCCCUUCCUAAAAUCCCCAAGAAGGAUUUGUCUGUGCUUUUCCCCAAAGCCAAUCCUCAGGCAGUGGACCUGCUUGACAAGAUGUUGCAGCUUGAUGUGGAAAAGCGCCUCACAGCGACAGAGGCGUUGGCUCACCCCUAUUUCGACCAGUUCAGAGAUGUUGAGGAGGAGACAGAAGCACAACAGUCCUACGAUGAUUCUCUGGAACAUGAAAAGCUUUCUAUAGAUGAGUGGAGAAAGCAUAUUUACAAGGAGAUCUUGUCCUUCAGUCCCAUUGCACGGAAGGACUCAAAGAAGCGAAGUGGGAUGUCAUUGUAGCAACUGGUAUGGCUCUGGCCAGGAUUCCACUCUCCUGGAUGACCGAUUGGAUUUACUGCACGCUACCUUGCUGGUGGCCAGCAUUUGGCCUCGUGGGACUUCUCUGUGUGCAAACACAAGGAUGACACCAUGCUGUGGGCAUCAGACUUUUUUCUCCUGAGCCCAAACAGUUUUCAAUGCAAAAGAUAAAUAUAUUCUCAUUUAAAACUUCAA